CCACAGAGUCGAGGAGCUUUACAUUCGUGCUGCGGAAUAAAGGGAUCACUGCGCAGUUUUAGUUCAGGUGUAUCUGUCGUUAGCUUUUAGAGAUGAAGCACAACUCGAACGUCCCGGCUUUCCUCACCAAGCUGUGGACGCUGGUGGAGGAUGCGGACACGAAUGAAUUCAUUUGCUGGAGUCAGGAGGGCAACAGCUUCCUCGUGUUGGACGAGCAGCGCUUUGCCAAGGAGAUCCUCCCCAAAUUCUUCAAGCACAACAACAUGGCCAGUUUCAUCAGGCAGCUCAACAUGUAUGGGUUCCGUAAAGUGAUGCACAUUGACACAGGCAUUGUGAAACAGGAGAGAGACGGCCCAGUGGAGUUUAAGCACCCCUACUUCAAACAUGGACAGGACGACCUGCUAGAAAACAUCAAGAGGAAGGUUUCUAAUGCUCGGCCAGAGGACAGUAAGAUUCGACAGGAAGACUUGACCAAGAUCUUGGCCAGUGUUCACAGUGUUCACAACAAACAGGAGAGCAUUGAUGCCAGGCUGGCAACACUCAAGAGGGAGAACGAAGCCCUGUGGAGGGAGAUCUCCGACCUGAGACAGAAACAUGCCCAUCAACAACAGCUCAUCAAAAAGCUGAUACAUUUCAUCGUCACAUUGGUGCAGAACAACCGCAUCCUGAAUUUAAAACGCAAAAGGCCAAUUCUUAUGAACAGCAAUGGAAAGAAGCCCAAAUACAUUCAUCAGAUCUAUGAUGACAAAGUGUGCGUUGAACAGUCGUCUGUCAACAGUCUGAAUGGUGUGAAGGGCUCUGAGAUAUCAGAUGACGUCAUCAUCUGCGACUUGACGGAGAAUGAUGCCGAGGUGACGGCUGAGAUCACAGAGGGGUCGCCCAGGACGUAUGAACAAGGUGACGUAGAAAUCGUGGAAGUAGAGCUGGACACCUGUGCGGUGCAGCCAGCUGAGACGGAGGUGAGCACCACCUGCACAGACGACGUCAAACAGACAGAGGCAGCAGUCGAAGACAGCCAGAAGGGCAGCGCUUUAGACAGCAGUGGACCAACCAGCAGUGCCCUGCAGCUCAAUAAACCCUCCGGUCUGAGUCUGGAGGACCCCGUCAAAAUGAUGGACUCCAUACUGAACGAGAAUGGAGCAAUAUCGCAGAACAUCAACCUGCUGGGCAAGGUGGAGCUGAUGGACUAUCUGGACAGUAUUGACUGUAGUCUGGAGGAUUUCCAGGCCAUGCUUUAUGGAAAACAGUUUGGCAUGGACUUCGAUUCCAUAGAGGAGAGCGUGUCCUCCAAAGACAACACCUCACAGCUAAACAGAUGCAGGACAGAGGAAGACAACACAGAUAAGCAGUUGAUCCAGUACACCUCGUGCCCCCUGCUGGCCUUCCUUGAUGGCUGUACCCCUCCUCCAGAACUAGAUCUGGGCAGCAGCAGCAGCAGCACCACCGGCAACACCCACCUCCAGCCCUCUUCCAGUUCCAGUGCUUCUGUAGAGGCUGAGCCGCCCUCAGAGCUGCUGGACACCAACCUGGAGUCCAAGCAGCUGUCCCGCAGCUCCCUGAUCCGCCUGGAGCCUCUGACAGAGGCCGAGGCCAGCGAGGAGACGCUCUUCUACCUUUGUGAACUGAGUCCCGCUGGACUGGAGGCCGACUCCACCCAGCUGGACAAGGUGUGAGCUGGAAGGGAACUGGUGUGACAGUAAUGCCCCCUCACGCUGAUGUUGUGUCACCACAGAUUGCAUCCCUCCAUCCUCCAGCUAAUUCUGACACUGUGUGUUUAUGUUCCUCCACCUCUUUGGCCUGAGGUGUGUGUGUGUGUGUUGAGACACAGUAACAGAAAUGAAGAAACCACCAGGCGGGUGGAGGAGCAGCUGCAGUUUGUACCAUGUACACAUUUUUACAUAAAAGACUUUUGCAUUGAUUUAAAGAAAUGUUUCACAUUCCACCUUUUCAUCAAAUGCUGUCAGAAUAGUUAAAAACCCUUAGAACCCUACAGAUGCAGUUUUUAUGAAAGAUAACUUCACAACACAACAGAACACACACACGUCCAUUAAGGAUAAAUGUCUCCUCAUGUCUUCACUCUUUCCCCAUAGAAAGGUUCUCAUCUGACUGUUGUAUCUACGUCCAUAGUUCCUGUUUACAUCACCCAAAACACAACACAUUCCAGUCCCAAACAAAUACAAAGAACAAUAACAAAGUGAGAAAGCACACCUUAAGCCUGCUUAAGGCUCGGACUGUUCUGUUCAUGCAGAUAUUUACUGUAGAUACAGAAACAGGUGAGGACUUUAACACUUUACUGCCACAUGUCUGAAAGUGAAAGCUGUUUCUUUUGGAAGGUAAGGAGUACUUUAUUUCCAGGACUUCAGGAAUGUUUCCUUCAAUGCAAAGGUCUAAGAUGUAAAAAUGGAUUCCCAUCAGACAGCUUCAUCUCUUUGCCAUCAAAUCUAACGACGACGUCAGCCUUCGUGCUUUGUGCUCUGCUGUAUCGGUAAAUCAGCGCAUCACAUCUGGUCCUACAACGUCAGUGAGGAGGUUUGAACUGACUGAACGUUUGUAUAUACUUCUAAAAAUUCUAUUUAUUCAGAUUUUUGUUUAACUUUUGCUACGUUUGUCCACUGAGCUGAGAUCCUUCAUAAAGCAAGCGUCCUUCAGACGGUGUCGUGUUACUUCGCUCUGAGAACAGUCUUGGAGAAGGUGAAUUUGUUCCAUUGAUUGGAGGGAACUGGGACAGAGGGUGACCUUAACUCAAGACUGUACAUAUACCUGUUCAACAAGCAGCAGAUAAUCAGAGGUGACCAUGUCACAGUUUUCAUUUCCAUCAGUGUGGCAGAGCUGGGGAUGAGACAGACACAACAGAUGUUGUGUGUGUGUGUGUGUGUGUGUUGGAAUCUAAUGGAGCUGACUGUAACCAGUGAAACACAGCUGUACAGAGCAGGCGUGUGCUUGUGCGUGUGCAUCUGCUUGGCUUUCUGUAGUGAUGUAACUGCACGCUCCGAGCGUCAGUGUUCAUUCUUAAUCUUGGAAACGGUAGUUUUAUUGUGUGUCGGGACCAUAAACACAUCACCACAAAGGGACUGAACAUGUGUGUGUCUGUAUAUGUGUGGGUGGGUGUCCGAGUGUGACAUCAAAGGUUUUUCACAAACCAAAGCCAAAAUGAGACUAACUCAACACAAAAGCCAGCUUCAGCCAGUGUUUGUGUUGAUGUGAUGUGACAUACCAUGGCCGCAGUAAUGUAGCUGGGCAUGUGCAGAAAUACUGAAAUGGAAAUGUUGAGAAGAUUUGGGUCAGGUUUUUUUUUUUUUUUUUUGUGGUCAGCUUUGGUUUUAUAUGUAGCAGAUUUCCUGUUUUCAGUUUGAAUCACACAGUAACCUGUUGUCCCAGUUGUCAAGAAUGAAAAAUAAAACCUAACAUAAGUUCA